AAGGAAAAAGCCACUUGAUGUAAACCUUGAGUGAGAUUUUCAUUCUCACCAGGACAGCGGAGCAAUAUUGGAGCCCCACACAGAGAACGUAUUAAACUAAACUAAUUUGCAUCCGAGGCAAUUCACGUCGUGGUUGGCAACUGACAGACAAGUGAAUACAAGAUUACUCCAGGCUCAUCCAAGCUACACAUGCUUACACACAAGAUACAUCAGUGGCAAGAAAACAUAUUGAAUCUAUGAAUACUGAUCAAAAUUUUGAAGAAAAGAGUGUCAUAGAAUCAAAAGUGGAUAAAAUUUAAAGUUUUUAAACAAGGCGCAGAAUGAAUCCAUUUUCUCGUGGGGAGUAUAUGAAUAUUAUUGUACGCAAUGCAAGAACACACAUCGAGGAAGGCAGAGCAAGGUUCACCGACUAUGAAGUCGAACUAAAGACCAAUCAUAUAUCUUUUGCACUGAAGCAAUCAAAAGUUCGACGAAGGUACUCGGACUUUGUUUGGCUGCGCGACAGAUUGGCAAAGGACCUUAUGAUAUCAGCCCCUCCAAGUCUUCCUGGAAGGAGACUUUUUGGCAGAUUCAACACCGAUUUUAUCAAACAGCGACAACGAAAGCUUCAAGACUUCCUGAACAAGGUUGUCAAAAACAAUGUUUUCCUGUCCCAUGUUGCUCUACACCUCUUUCUGCAAAGCAAGAUGACCGUUGAAGAAAUAGAAGCUCAGAUCGAUUCAAAAAUUGACGAAGAUGCCUGUGAAACUAUUCUGUCCGAAUCUGCCUUUCAAGACAAAAACGAGGCUGGAUGUUCAAUGCGAGACCGUCUUCCAUCUAAACACGACAGUGGCAUCGAGAGUUCAGGGCACUAUGAAGGAGAUUCUGGGGAUGUGUCAUCCGUUGGAAUGGACAAAUGUGACCAAGAACAGAGUCUGGUUGAUGGAAACGCAGCGGAUAGUGAAGACAAUGCUGAAGAGGAAAACGAUCUUUCAGAUGAUAAUUGUUUAGAUGAUGACGAUGUCGAACGGAAUUUUCGCAAAUUACAAUUGACGUCUUUACUCGCAUCAGCCGUUGACCAAGAGAAGCAAGAUCUGGAAAGCUCCGUGGAAUUUUCGCUAGAGAGGACAUCAGAAUCAGAUGAUGACGUCAUAGAUGAAGACCAAGAGAUAGAGACAGGCAUCACGAUGAAAUCACCUACAAGAAAGCUUUCAACUGGUUCGAAUACAGGGCCUCGGAGGAUGCGGCGUCGCAGCAGACGUAGACGAAAAACCUGCAUACCUGAGCUGAACCUUUCUGAAGGGUGCAAGAGCAAAGAUGACGCACAAUCUUCGAGUCCCGGUCUUCUAACAAAACAAACAUUCAUGCGCCGCUGUUUUCGUUUGAUAGGUUUAUAAGGUCUUCAUCGAUGUUCGAAAUGAAAAGGCAAAGCUCACUGAUGUCAUCGAAAAACAGUGUUUUUGAUGUACAGAGUGGCAGGACAAGCAAAAGCUCGUUGUGCCGAAGUUCGUCGUCGAAAUUGUCAGAAUCGGAUGAACGAUAUCGUGCGAGAUUUUCAGGGUCGGAGGAGAGAUUUCGCUCACCAAUAAAGAGAAGAAUCAGUUUGAAGGAAUACCAUAUUGUAAAGAAAGACGCCUGUUUUUAUGCUAGUUUGGAUGAAAAUCAGUUCAAAACCUCUUUUUAAGCCGAUAUAAGACUUUUUUAUUCUAAGAUGUUUCGGUUUUUAUCAAGUAUUUUUCCAGUUCUCUUAACUGCGUCCAUAAACCUUUAAGAUAAAUUUCAACACUUAGUAAUAUGAGAUGUCCAAACGUUCAGUGCUAAGAGUACAUUACAAUCAUAACUCAUGUACAAUUCCUUAACAAAUGGUCGUUUUAUUUUUAGCUAAAUUAGAUUGAUGACUUAAAGUUGAAAUAAUAAACAUAGAGCUAGGCAGAAUUUUUUCUACACUAAUAUUAAUAGUUUGAAUCGUGAAACAAUUUAAUGCAAAUUAAUUACUAAUACUGACUGUGUGGUAGGUCUUUCUUUAUCAGUAAACAUCGUAAUAAAUCAUUUUCACGUUUAUCACAUCUUAAUUCUUCUAGAUAUUCUUUUAUACUAUUCAUAGCACUUGGAAUACCUAAAAUGAAGUAUUCAAAAAUAUGAACUCUAUCCCCCAAAACUUGGGAUGAUGUAGUUCAAUAAAGUAAAGGCAUAUGGAAAUAAAUGUAUGAUAAUACUUUGUCCAACUUUUUUAAAAAUAUUUGUUCCUAAUUACAAAAUUCUGUAAAAAUAUCAUCGAAAUCUGGGUUCUUCUUUUUCUCACGAAGGCGUUUUUCCAAAACAAGGCUCUUGUUUAAAGCGUAUUUUCUUGACAUUUCUUUAUCUGCCAGGAUAUAACAGUGUAUUUAAGCAGGCAAAUAUAUGUAUAUACUCCCUGAUUUUUUAAACCCAGAAAAGUUUUUUUGUUGAGCUCUGUCUAUGCUACAUAGGGACUGAAUUGAAGCUCACAACAACUUGUUAAUUAGAAGAAAAAAAUCUAACUAUUCCUAAAAAUGGCUUUAGAAAAGCAAGUAUUUAAAGGCAUACUUUUUGGCAGAAACACUUUAGAGUAUAAAACUUCAGAAUAAUAAUCGAAAAUUCUUAAGCUAGAAAGCAUAUUUGCCCAGUUGCGAAUCAUAAAUGACCAAUUAGAUUUUUCCAAAAAAGUUGUUCUUGUGUGAUUCUGAGAUUUUCAGCAUUUUGUCAAAAAAUAUUUUCAUGUAUCAAAAAAAAGGAAUGUGAUAAAUACAGUUAUUGUGCAUGAUGGUAUAAAUGCUUGAGCAAAAAACUUUCCUGAAUUAUAUUUAUCUGCAAUUCUAAACCCAUUCCAAUUUUCAAGCUGAAUGAGUUAAAUUUUAGGAAGGUAUAAUUUCCAAAACAUGCUUGCAAGUUCUUUAACAUUAUUAACAGGGGGUGUGUUUUGUUUAUAAGUUGAGGUGUCUUGUACAGUGGCCUCAAGUUUUGUAAAAGCAAUCCAUUUUUUAUGCGAACUUAAUAAGUAUAAAGAAGUUAGGAGUUAAUAUCUAAAUAUAUGUCCAUGAUUUUGUGUUAAGUUAUGAAUCUGUAAAUACUUAUAAACGUAACCUUGUAACUAUUUCCACUUAUUUUGAAAUUUUUAAUGAUGCAACUUUUUAUUACUAGUCGUUAGAUUUUCUGGAUUGUGUUCUGCUGUUCACGUGGACAUAACUUAUUGGAUUAAGGAAAAUGGGUGAAAGGCAUAAAAAACACAGGAAAAUGGCAGCUGAUCACUUUGAUUGCUAAGAACGUCUGCAAGGACAGAUUCUUAUGUUUAAAAACCUUUUUCCUUCGUUAUUUUCAGUCUGUGCAUUGAUGUUUGUCCCAGGGUAUGCAUCUCUACUGACCAAUAUUUUACAGUCCGGGGAACAUCUAGAGAAAUUUAUAAAGCCUUUAAUUAAAGAUCUUUCCUAGAAAAUUCAAAACGUUAAACCCCCCUCCCCUUUACCUAGUCGUGAAGGUAAAAGCAUGAUAGUGCUUUCGAUUCAUUUCUAUUUACCAUUUUGUUGCCAGAAUUAUCCCCAAGCAGGACUCUACAUACCUGCCAAUUGUGUAGUUUUUGGUAUUGACGUAUAACACGUCCAGUCCUCCCUAUUUUGUGCUUGUUUUCUAUAUCUUUACACUUUUAGCGAGAGUAAACUUCAUCUUUAUCUUACAAGACAGCAGAGGUUGGGGGAAUGGUGGCAUUAAAAGUAAGAAAUGAUAAAGCAACUGCUCUACUGUUUUCAGACGUGCCUCUAUCAAUGUCCACUUCCAUUUUUUGUCGCACGAUCGGCAUUUUGCGUUCUCGUUUCCAUUUAAAGUUUUGGUCUUCUUUAGACUUUAGUACGACUUAGUAUUUUUUUAAGUCAAUUGAUAUCAUUGAAUUAUUCUCAAUCCAUGUUCAGCUAUGAUAGUAGAUCAACCCAAAAUCCCACAAUAAUCACUUGAAUAUAAUAAAUUCAAAGUGCAAAAUAUGCCCUAACAUACCAUGUUAACCUUCAGAAUAUGGGCUAAUGUUUUGCAGAUUCAUGUUUUGUUCCACAUUUGAGAACACAGAUAUGAUCGGCACGCAUUUUUGCCCCCAUUAAACAAA